GUACCACUACCAGAUGUAUAUUAUUAAAUGAAACAGGUAAACAAAAAAUUAAUGUAUUUCUUUUCUUAAAAACAAAGAGAUACAUUACAAAUUGUUUAUGCAUAUCACAAUCGAUAUAUAUAUUUGAAAUCGUGAUUGAAACGGUUCAAAUGAGUAUAUUGACUCUCAUAGCCACAUGUCUCAAAGAGUAAUGCUUUAUUGAGCAUAUGUGCGUAAGUUUAAAACAUUAAAUUUGCGGUACAUUCAAAAUUGUAGAUAUGAAAUAGAUGACCAAACAUAGAAAAGGUAAACGAAAAAAACAACCGGGAGCUCGCAAACCCUCAAAAAAGAUGAGACCUGUGUCGGAAAUCAUAGCUGAAGUACAGAGGUCGGUGAAGCACAUCUCGCAAGCAGAGAUCAACGACUGGGACCUGGAGGUCGAGAGGAAGGAAGAAGCCAAAGAGUUACCACCGGCGGAAGUACACCAGGACUUCGUAAAGCAUUUCGGCGAUCUUUUCCAAGACGAUGACAUAGACUGAUUCUUUUUGAAAAUUACUGUAUUUAUAUUUGUAUUGUGGUUUAAGACAAUUAUUUUCAUUCCUCAUUAUUUUAUUGUAUAUAUAUUUUUCUUCUGUACAUCUAUUACUGUUUUACUAUUAGUGUUUUGUACAAUAGACCGCUAGUUGUGUUCGCUGGCUAUUUAUGUGUAUUGUUUUUUACGAUAUAAACGAGGUCUAUUGUUUCCAACCACUUACCCUUACCAAUGAAGCUCACGUAAUCUGGUGUUGAAGAAAAAAAUGCAUGAAAAAGCUAUCGUCGUUCAACGAACUACGCCUUUCUAUGUUUUGGAAAAUGAAUGUUUAUUACCUGAGUCGACGUAGCCUCAAACGAAAGUUGGAUGAGCAGGACGAAGCACGUGAUGUGAAGCCAUUGUAAACCCAUAGUCUGAAAAAUAAAUAAUAAACUUAUGUUUUCUUUAAGGUUAUGUUGUUGAUAUAUAUC